AACACAAACUUCCUUUAUAAGGCCUUCACCCUCACCACCGCAUGCUGUAACUGCAAACAAACUCUCUCUCUCUCUCUCUAACAGACAGCCUUUAUUUAAACAUCAUUGUUUAUUAAUCUCUUCGGGUGUAAACUCAGCUGCCACACUGGCUCUACCUACUCUGGAAGCCCUAACCAUGCUCAAUUACUGGCGUACAACCGGCGCCACCACUGGACGCCCCUCCACUCCCCUCAUCCUCCCCGCCGCCAGCCCCUUCUCCGACUACGGCUUCGAUGGCCCGUUCUUCGACCUCGAAUUCACCCUCUCCAAUCACAUCAACGACAACGCAUCUCUAAAUUCCGGCGACUCGUCCGAAUACGAAGAUGAAGACAUGCGAGAAAUCCAGCUCAACCUGGACGCCAUCAAUCAAACUUACAAGCCGCGGUCGACCACCGAAUCGAAUCAUCCUGAAGAAAAUUCCAAAUUCCCCCUUUCUAUUGUGAAAACGGCGGGAAAAUUCGGAGUCCUCUUCCAAAAACCUAAUUCCUCAAAUGAGAAACCGAAGAAUGAGCUUCUUCGGGUUAAAUUCAAAGUGGAUGAAGUGAAAGGACCGCUGAUUUCUCUGUUUGCGAGAGAUUGCAGCAUCUCGGAAGAUCCAGUCACGAAUUCCGAUUCGGAGAAGUUGGGGAAAGAAAUUCUGCACAAGUACUUGAAUAUUCUCAAGCCUUUGUACGUCCGUGUUGAGAAGAUGAAGUUCUCCGGCCAGCUGAGAGCUCCGCCGGAGAUGGCGAAAUCGGGGUUUCGGAGCAAUACUAAUCUGCAGGCGGGGAUUAAAGUAGUGCGUAAGCAUUUGGGGAAGAGCCGGUCAACUUCGGCCGCGGCGGCGGUGGUGUCGCCGCCGGGAAACCGCCGUGACGACUCGCUGUUGGAGGUGCAGGAUGGGAUUCUAGGCGCUAUUUUGCAUUGCAAGAGAUCAUUCCAUUCAGAUAGUGAAAGACAAUUGUCCCGGACCCGGUCGGUGAGUGAUGCAUGCUGCGACAAGUCUGUGAUUUCUUCUACUUUAUAUUCGGGGAAACUUGUAUAGGCAUGGAUCAUCUUUCUUUGAACGGAUAUAAUUUAUAAUUUGUAUAUAUUGUAAAAUUAAUAAAAAUAUUCAGUAUUGAUCCGAGAAAA